AUGUCUUUAAACUCGCACAUUAGGAACAAGGUGAUACGUUGUUAAGUCAUCGUCGGUCCUCGUGCUUGAAAUGUGCUAGUGCUCCGAGUGCGCGUUGACGUUAAUAACAUCGACACUGCAACUGAAAACCGCGUUUCCGUGCAAAAACUAUCAGAAGAAACCGGUAUUCAAAAUGAUGUUUAAAUACAUGUGUUUGGUUUUGUUCAUAACGUGGUAUCAGUUAGCUGAUUGCCAUCCCGCAAGCUCCAGUAUCAAGUCGAUAGAUUCCAUGAUUGAAAAGGAAUCAGAAGCAUUUUUAUCUGUUGAAGCAGAAGACUCAUCUAGUCAUAAGAAUGUCAGAGACAAAAGGACAAUCGGCUUCUUAAGGCAGCUGUUUCCAAAUCUAUCUCAGAUAGUCGACCGAAAGAUCCAACAAAUCACGCGAUUCGUAUUCCGCGUGAUCGGCCGAUUGGUACUCCGGGGCGGUAACGCUGGUGGCGCCGCGGGCGGCACCGCAGCUGCCGGAACAGGUGGUGAUUCAGGAGGCAAUGGCGGCCGGCGGAUAUCGAUCACAUUGCCCACGUUCCCGCCGUCCACGGACGACGAAGAAGAAGAAUCUCAAACGAACGUGCCGGCGGCUGACACGUCGUCCACACCGGCAUCGGACGCUGACGCGUUGGCCUUAAGAAUAUUGGAACCGGCGUCGUCCGAGGCGACCGUCACAGACUCCGCGCCGGCCGCGUCCGUGGACUCGGCCGCGUCCGUGGACUCGGCCGCGGCGGCCGACUCAACCGCCGAAGUGGCGGUCACCACAGUCGCCCCAGCAACCACCGCCCCCCCGGCAACCACCUCAGCCCCGGAAACCACCACCGUCGCAGCAACCGCAGCCGUCCCGGUCACCAACGCCGCACCGGCCGCCGGAUCAGUCACUACCACCGUAGCCGCCGCUGUUGCCGCAGCUGCGACCACCACCGCCAACGCAAUCACGACCAGCUCGCCAACCACUCAAAUGCCAUCGGACUCGGACAACACUGUCGGCACCGGUAUUGUGAAGAGGAUGGCGAGAGAAGUGUCGACGGAUAAUCCGAGCUCAGCGAAAAAACGGUCACCGCUCACAGACACUGAUAACGACGUGUCGUCCGACAACGCUUUGUCAUCUAACGCCGACGACGACGCCCAGGCCGAGACAGUCGCGGACGAAGACCCAAGGAACAAACGGUUCUUGUUCAAUCUGCGGGGAGGAGCCGGCGGUGGAUCUGGCAACUUUUUAUUCGACCUGAUCCGAAGGGGAGCGGACAGAGCAGCUAGGGCUGCCGGUGGUUUCUACAGAGUGGUUGCAGGCACCGACCCAAACACAUUAACACUCGCACAGCCUCUUCAAUAUCCAUCGUUGGUAGCGGGAAGCGGUGCUAACCAAGACAAAGACGAGUCGGUCGACUCUGUGCCGGCCGAAGGCGAAACCCAGGAGGUGCAUGCGGAUGUGAAUGCCAAGGAAGACGGUUACAGCGUCGGCGUACCUGGACCACUGACUAGAAUAUUCGUGAUCGCUAACAGAGGUGUUGCCAAUUUGGUACAAGAUUUGAUACUGAGAUUGGCCCAGACCACCGAAAGAAUAGUGAACUUCAAAGCCAGAUUAAUUACAUCCCUCAUCUAAGCAAAUAUUCAAGUUUGUGUAGUAAAAUGUAAUUUAUUACCUGCGUGUGGCGUAUUUUAGUCAUGACUUAUGAGAUUAAAUCUUUAUUUAACGUUUGUUUGCACAAACACAAACCCACGUCGAGUUUUUUUUAUAAUUGACACGAUUUGUUGAACUAUAUGUGUAAUUAUUUCCAAUUUGUGUUUUGCGCAUCAAUCACGUCGUGACACGCACACACACAUUCAAAUAUUUUACAACUAAAUCAAAAUUUACUGAAAUAGCUGACAUAUUAUUGUAUUCAAUUUAUUUUUUACGAAAAUGUUGUUCUGUCAACACGAGUUAAACAUUAAACGUCGAUCACAAUGUCCAUACUCCGCAAAACCCAUAACUGAUUUUAUUACCUAGUUAAAUUUUUGAAAAACAAGUGCCAAAAUACAAAAUAUAAUUUUAAAACCACCAGGUGAUACGUCAUCUCCCGUGAUUUCCAAUUUUUAAUUAAAUAUACGUCGAGCACUAAUAUUAGUAUUCAUGUUGAAUAUGCAUCUCAACGAUUUUACCGGAACGUCAUAUUAUUAGGUACUUAACUGUACAGCUGGUGGUUAUCGACAAUAGAACACUGAUUUCAAACUAUUGUAGUAAUUUAAUUAAUCAAUUAAAAAAAUCAAAAUCAAAAUUAUGUAGGUACUCGUUUAUCAUAUUUAGUGAUAGAUAUACAACUGUAAAAACAUUAUCAUAUAAAUAUGUAUUUUCUAUGUAGUAUAUUACUUUUAUUUAUUAGACCCAUGAAAUAUGUGAAAAAAUUGUCCACUGUAUAA